AAAUAUUACGUGUUGGUCUUAGAAUCUUCUAGCAACAACUCACCCCUUCCGUCUUGUUCUCAUCCAUUUCCAAAUGUUCUAGCACGUCCUACGCUCGAAUUAUCUUAUGAUCGACUCUAUUAAAACCCUACUCUCAUCCCGUUUUCCAUCAUCAAAACAACAACUAACUCUCAAACCAAACAACCUAUCGAUCAUUACACAACCAGUAAAAAACCCAUUUACAUCAAUCAAUUUUAUUCAUUUCUCAGCUAGUUAUAUCGAUAGAUCAAUCAUGGCUUCCGCAGUAGACAACACCAAAGACACCGUCAUACUCCGAAUCAAACACCGAGACGAAGAAGGCAAAAUCACAACCGAGAAAACAGAGGUUAACACCCACAACAUGGAUACCCUUAAACACAUCGAGAAGAAACUGGUAGACACGGGUUUACACCGUCUGGAACGACACUCAGCGGAUUACAGAGCAUCUGUGAAGAAACCACCUCCUAAAAAGGGACAUGGUGGGAAGUACACUUGGGAGGGGCCAAACCCAGAAGCUGAAAACGAGCUGGAAGCGGUGGAGGUGCUGGAUAAGGGAGAUCCGAACUAUGUGGAAGAAGAUGAAGAGGUUAUUGGGGAGGAAAGUAAGGAUUUGGUGAAGGGUGAAAUUGAAGUGCCUAAGGUUGUUGAAGAACGAGAGGGGGUUGCUAGAGUUGAUGUUGAUCCUCAACUUAAUGUGGUUUGAUUUGUGUUGAAUUUGAUGAUGGAAUUGCUGUAACUUUUUUGUUUGUGCUUGGUUUUGUUCAAUGUAUGGUUUGAUUACAGUGGUUCUUCUUUGAGCUAAUAAACUGAAAAUCAUUUUCUAUUGUAAAUUGAAGUGUUUAUGCAAUUUUGAGUUUCUUAUAAACCUAGCUAAAUUAAGAAUUUAAUUCAACUCGGUGUAAUCCGUUAAAGUAUUGGACAUAUUAUGGGUCAUUAACGGCUUACCUUAGAAGUUGUUACAUGUAUACAUAAAGUAUGUGUUAUAUUAAUAAUAA